UGUGUCACAGUCUCAGUCACUCACUGUCUUCUCUUGUGUGCACAUACUUUUUAAUCUGUGCUUGUGUGCGGCAAACGAAUCAUCAAGAACGUGUUUUCAAGCAUUUUCGUGAAAUUCUAGGAUUGUAAAUUAAAAAUGCCAAAGUACUAUUGUGAUUAUUGUGACACAUAUCUAACGCACGAUUCACCUAGCGUUAGAAAAACUCAUUGUACAGGAAGAAAACAUAAAGAUAACGUGAAGUUUUACUAUCAAAAGUGGAUGGCGGAGCAAGCACAACAUCUCAUCGACGCUACCACAGCAGCGUUCAAAGCGGGCAAAAUUGCUCAAAACCCGUUCGGAACUAAGGGAGCAGCUAUACCUCCACCUUGGGAUCCUUCUGUGAUGGGUCCUGGUGGUCCCAGGCCGCCUGUUCCUGCGCCGGGAGGCCCACCGGGCAUGUUACCACCGCCUGCUAUGGGCCCAGGAGGACCGAUGGCUCCGCCGAUGAUGAUGGGGCCUCAUGGACCUAUGCCGCCAAUGAUGGGAAUGAGACCAAUGAUGGGACCUAUGAUGGGGCCGAUGGGCCCCAUGGGACCUAUGGGUCAGAUGAGACCACCUCUAAUGAAUGGACCUCCUAUGAACAAAUAGUGAGUGUGUGAAAUUGUGUUCUGUACUAUGGUAAAAAAAAUACCAUGUCAUGUUUGAAAAAUACCACAUUCAAUGGUAAUUAACAUAGUCAGGUCUACUAUUUGUGUUAUUUUGUUAAAAUAUCUUGAAUACUGGAUUUGACUAAGUUAAAAUAUAUUGUCAUUAUAGUUUUAAUGCUAAUUAAUUUUAUUAUACUUUAAGAUCACUCCUGUCAGAUUAUUAAAUGAAGCUGGGUGUAUUUCUCCGGAAUUGAUAUUAGUUUGAUGAUUUAUAUAAAAAAUACUUAACCUCUCAGCCCCCAAGCGGUAGCCGGCUACUGCGUAACAAUUGAUUACCUAUCUAUUGUGUCUGGAUUCGUGAAGUUUGAAGGAUUAAGAGAGGUAAAGGUUAACAAAUUUUUCAUUUUGUUUUGUUGUGCCAACCUGUCCCAAGCGGUAGCCGGCUACUGCGUAACAAUUGAUUACCUAUCUAUUGUGUCUGGAUUCGUGAAGUUUGAAGGAUUAAGAGAGGUAAAGGUUAACAAAUUUUUCAUUUUGUUUUGUUGUGCCAACCUGUGGAAUAGCAAUUUACUGCAAGUAUUGAUGGUGUUAGACUGACAAAUUAGUUUUGUAAGACGUUGAAAUCCACCAUAUUCGUUGUUAAUGUGGUCUUAUUGUGUGAUUGAUUGAUUAUAUAUUUUUAAAAUAAGGUAGUUUUACUAAGUAAUGUAAAAUAAAUACAUUUUUCUAAAAUAAA